CACACCAAAAUUUCGUAAUCGUAAUCUUCAGCUUUGAGCGAAGUGUGUGUUGCUUCGUGCUUCCACCUUCCAUUGGAGGACCAUUUCCUCCUGGAAUACACUUUUCUCGCUUCUAAAUUACACUCUUUUCGUUCUCUCUCUCUCUCUCUCUCUGUUACGCGUCACGCGGUGAAGUGUUCAAAGAUGACGGUCACACCUAAGAUCUCCGUUAACGAUGGAAAGCUGGUUGUUCAUGGCAAGACCAUACUUACUGGAGUUCCUGACAACGUUGUGCUGAGUCCAGGAUCAGGAAACGGCCUUGUGACUGGUGCUUUCGUUGGUGCCACAGCUUCCCACAGCAAAAGUCUCCACGUAUUUCCUAUGGGUGCCUUAGAGGGGCUCCGGUUCAUGUGUUGUUUCCGGUUCAAGUUAUGGUGGAUGACUCAGAGAAUGGGAACUUGUGGGAGGGAUGUUCCUUUGGAGACCCAAUUCAUGCUUAUAGAGAGCAAAGACAGUGAACUUGAUGGGGAGAAUUCUCCAACCAUCUACACUGUCUUGCUUCCACUCCUAGAAGGUCAAUUCCGAGCUGUUCUACAAGGCAAUGACAAAAACGAGAUAGAGAUUUGCCUCGAGAGUGGGGAUAAUGCUGUUGAGACUAACCAAGGCCUUCACCUAGUCUACAUGCAUGCUGGGACCAAUCCCUUUGAAGUCAUCAAUCAAGCUGUCAAGGCUGUAGAAAAACACAUGCAAACUUUUCUUCAUCGUGAGAAGAAAAGAUUGCCAUCUUUUCUAGACUGGUUUGGUUGGUGCACUUGGGAUGCUUUUUAUACUGAUGUCACAGCUGAGGGUGUUGAGGAAGGCCUGAAAAGUCUAUCAGAGGGAGGUGCUCCUCCUCGGUUCCUCAUCAUAGAUGAUGGUUGGCAACAGAUUGAAAACAAAUCAAAGGAUGCUGAUUGUGUUGUACAAGAAGGAGCACAGUUUGCUACUAGGUUAACCGGUAUUAAAGAGAAUACUAAAUUUCAAAAGAAAUUACUGAACGACGAAAAGAUGUCAGGUCUGAAGCAUCUUGUAGAUGGAGCAAAGCAACAUCACAAUGUGAAAAAUGUUUAUGUAUGGCAUGCACUAGCUGGUUAUUGGGGUGGUGUUAAGCCAGCAGCAACAGGCAUGGAACAUUAUGACACUGCCUUGGCAUACCCAGUGCAGUCACCAGGUGUACUAGGAAACCAACCAGACAUUGUCAUGGAUAGCUUGGCUGUACAUGGCCUUGGCCUAGUGCACCCAAAGAAGGUUUUCAAUUUCUACAAUGAGCUCCAUGCUUACUUAGCUUCAUGUGGAGUAGAUGGAGUGAAGGUUGAUGUGCAGAACAUUAUUGAGACCCUCGGCGCUGGACACGGUGGCAGAGUCUCACUCACACGCAGCUAUCAUCAUGCGCUUGAGGCUUCCAUUGCUCGUAACUUUACUGACAAUGGAUGCAUUGCAUGUAUGUGUCACAACACUGACGGGCUUUAUAGUGCUAAACAGACUGCUGUUGUGAGAGCAUCUGAUGAUUUUUACCCUCGUGAUCCUGCUUCCCACACCAUCCAUAUUUCAUCUGUUGCAUACAACUCACUUUUCCUUGGAGAAUUCAUGCAACCUGACUGGGACAUGUUUCAUAGUUUACACCCAGCAGCAGAUUAUCAUGCUGCAGCUCGUGCAAUUGGUGGAUGUCCAAUUUAUGUUAGUGACAAGCCGGGCAACCACAAUUUUGAUCUUCUUAAGAAGCUGGUUCUCCCUGAUGGUUCAGUUCUCCGUGCUCAGCUACCGGGCAGGCCCACUCGAGAUUCUCUCUUUGCAGAUCCAGCAAGAGACGGAACUAGCUUGCUCAAAAUAUGGAACCUAAACAAAUGCGCUGGAGUAGUUGGUGUAUUUAACUGCCAAGGUGCUGGGUGGUGCAAGAGAGAGAAGAAAACCCGCAUCCAUGAUGCAUCUCCUGGUACACUCACUACCUCUGUCUGUGCCUCUGAUGUCGACCUCAUCAGCCAAGUAGCAGGAGCUAAAUGGCUUGGUGAGACCAUUGUUUAUGGUUACAGAUCAGGUGAGGUGAUUCGGCUACCAAAAGGGGUUUCAGUUCCUGUGACACUAAAAGUUCUGGAGUAUGAACUUUUCCAUUUCUGUCCAAUCCAUGAAAUAGCACCGACUAUUUCAUUUGCAGCAAUAGGGCUACUGGAUAUGUUCAACAUUGGAGGAGCUGUGGAGCAGGUUGAAAUUCAUAGUGCCUCUAACAACAAACCAGAAUUAUUUGAUGGUGAGGUGGUGUCAGAGUUGACCACUUCACUCAGUUCUAACAGAGCAGCAACAGCAACUAUUGCUUUGAGAGUCAGGGGAAGUGGGAGGUUUGGGGUGUACUCCUCACAGCACCCACUGAAGUGUGUGAUAGAUGGCAAUGAAACUGACUUCUACUAUAACUCGGAGACUGGUUUGACAACCCUCUCCAUCCCAGUUCCUCAAGAGGAGAUGUAUAGAUGGUCUAUAGAGAUCCAAGUUUGAGUCAUUAAGACUUGGCAUUCAAUGAAUUGUUGGGUCAGGAGAGGGGUUUUGUUGUAAUUAACAUUGGCGUUAAGGGAAUUGUGGGGUCAAGCAGAGGUGUUUUUGUUGCAAUAAGUACACACCUGGUAGUAGUAUUGAGGGGAGGAGAAAAUGGGUUUAUGGUAAUAACUAAAAUAGACCAUCUUGUAGUAGUGGGCAUGGGGUUGGGGAAGAGGGUUUUGUUGUAAUGCAAGUAUUUGAGACUUGAGAGUAGCAUGUCAUCAGUGUGGGAGAGGAAUGCUGUUCUCUGCCCUCGGAUAUUACAUGUUUGUUUCUCGGAAUAAAAAGUUUACAUCUGUUUGAAAAAUCUCUAGUGAAUUUAUCUCAUUUCUUUAACUGGUAUAAUAAUUAAGUUUUCGAUAUGUGUACUGUAAUUGAAAAAAUCAUUGAGCAAGUGUGUGUAUAUCCAGUGUAGACAUGUUACCAUUCUAACUUUUAGAUCCAGCAAGAUGAUGCUUUGUGGCUAUAUCCAGUUUAAUGAAGUUGAAAGUCCUCAAUUUGGACAGAUUAUCGGGGGAAAGGGAAUUGAUUUUCAUCAUGUACAAAAUAACUAACAGAAUAGUUUGUUUAUUAGUG